AAACAUUCUAUUCCAUCUUCAUUCUAUUCCCUCCCCUCCUCUCCCCCUCCCCGGCGGCGACGAAAGAGCGCGCGCCCCUUCCUUCCCGUCUCCCCGGCCCUUUCGCCGCCCCCCAUCGAGUGCCGUCCGCGCCUAGUUCCGCCGGCGCGGAACGCGCCGCCUGCUCGCCCCACCGCGAAGGGGUUCGUCUCGUCCUACUCCUCGGCGCUCGUGAACGGGCGCGGGGAGGGGAUCCGUCCGGGCUUGGAUCGGCUUCUUCCCCACCUGGAUGAGUGAAGAGGAUAAGACUGCUGCUGCUGCUGCUGAGCAGCCGAAGCGAGCCCCUAAGCUCAAUGAAAGGAUCCUCUCUUCUCUGUCCAGGAGAUCAGUAGCUGCUCAUCCAUGGCAUGAUCUUGAGAUCGGUCCUGGGGCUCCUGCUGUCUUCAAUGUUCGGUCGGAGGCGGGUUCUCCGCCUACGGCGGGGGACGAAGAGGAGCAGCGGCUGCGGGCGGCGCUACGUCACCUGCAGGCGGAGGCGGGGGUGCUUGAGCGCUUGGUGUACAAGCACCGGAACCAGCACCGCGGCGCCGCCUACUUCCAGUACCUCCUCAAGGUGAGGAGGGACCUGAAGCUGCUACUCGGCGCCGAUCUCGCCCAGGUCCUCAACGCCGUGUUCCCCGUCCUCGCAUCCCGCAAGCCGGCCAACACGAUCCUCGUCCUGACCGAGCAGACUAAGAAGAAACCUGGUGCGAACCACAGCCAUCAUGAGAGGCUUUUGGGUGUUGCUCGCUUGUUAUCCCAGAUGGCUGAACCUGUCAUGAAGGCAGCAAUUCAGAUAACAUUUUUACUUGCUAGAUCAUUCUUCAUCGAUCUUUGUACCGCGGUGUUUUCUUUGCUUGCACGAAUAAGGGUCCUGAUCCAACAGAUGUUACUUGAUGUUGUUUUAUUAUAUAAUAAGGUUACAGAUCUUACUGGUAGGAAGCAGGCUGUUAAGAUUAGCAUCGGUGGAGUGCAGGCUUUCAGAGAAUACUACCCCUCUAUGAAUGAUGCUUGUACAAUUCUGGAGUGUGUAUGGGUGAAAGAUAAAUUUCUUUUGCAUGAAAAGAUGAAAGAUAGCUGUCAGGAAACACAAGUUGAGGAUCAGAAGCCCUGUGGUCCUGAAUCUUCAAUCCAGUAUGAGACGCUUCCACUCGUUAGUGAAGAUACACUAAACCUUGAAGAAACGAACCUGCCAGCCAAACAGGCAGACGCUGCUCUGGCUGAGCAACCGGACAAAAUGAACCAUUGCAGUGGUGCUGGAGGUUCUCAGAGUGGGAGGCAACUGGAAAAGGAAAGUGGUGCUUGUUCAGUUCCUGACACGCUUAAUACUUGCAUGCAUUCAGUUCCACACUCGAACCUCAAGCAUGAGACUAGGAAGAGAGUAGCAUUCGUUGCUGUUGGAAAUCCAAAGGUCCCUGGUGCAGCCUCAGAAACAAAAUCAUCAGAAGUAAACAAGAAGCAAAGACUAAACAUGAUUUCACACACCUCUGUAGAAUCUGGACUCUACAACAAAUUGCUGGAUUAUGAGAACGUCGAAAAAUCCCUACUUUAACAUCUUCGGAAAUUCCCUCUUCUUUGUCAAGGGAAGAGCAACAGCUAAGAAAGUGCUAUUGCAGCUUCUAGAUAAGCAAAACCUAAAAUGAUUUGUACUGUAGCAAGACGAAGGUCACUAUUAGCUUAGAGCUUCUGAACCAGACCUUUUCUAUUGUUUCUAACCAAAUUUCACGAUGACCUGCAAGAUUGUUUUUGUAGGGCUUGUGUACUACGGAGAUAUCCAUGCUUGUUUCAAUGUUCAGUACCACAGUUCAUAUAAUUGAAAGUUUUGUUCGCACUA